AUGGAAAAAGGGAACAGGAAUAAGGCAUACGAAGCCUUGAGCAAAAGUGCCGACACCCUUUUGGCGGAGGACCGCUACGAAGUUGGACAAGACGUAUAUGGUUUGAUCUUUGUCAGUCCUGUGACCUCUCCGUCAUUCAUUUUUGCCUUCAUUGUUGUGGGUGUAAAGUUUUCGCUCUUUGGCUUUUUGAUUUUGGACUUGUACAACAAAGCAACAGAAGUAAAUGCCCUAUUUUCGAAGAAAGGCACACUCAUCCGCGCAACACAAUUCCUGCUUCUGCCGAUUGCCAUCGCCCUUCAGGAAGAUUUGAUCUAUGUAUACACAAGAAUUGCAAACAUCAAAUACUCUAGCGAAAUCUUGGAGGAAACGCCAUCCGCUACAAAGUCAAAGUUUGCGCUGAGUUUUCUUCUUCGCCUGAUGGACGGAAUCGCUAGUUUGACAAUCAACUUCAUUCUGAUUCUGACUACAGAUGAAGUGCUGGAUCUCUUCUUGAACUUUGCUGCUCUACACUUCUUGCAAGGAAUUGACGAUGUUGCCUUUCAGAUGGCCCACGAAGGGUUUCUGGGCGAUCGAAUGGAGGACCGAUGUAGAGUGGUUGAGGAAACUACCAUGUCUAGGCGUAUCGGUGAUUCAUUCACCAACGCGUUGGACUCUAUACUAUUCAUGUUGACUUAUGCUUGCAUGAUUGGAGUUUGGACAUAUGUGUUCAUAUACGAGCAGGAAAUCGGAGACGAGCUGUAG